AGCUAGCUAGCAAGUGCCCGGCCGCCUGUAAGUUGUUUCGAUCGAUCGGAAUUAAUCAUGUCCUUCAGUGAUGAUGAGCCGCCUCCUGCAAAUUCAUCAGCAGGGCCAAAGCCAAUCCAGGUCGACAGAGUGCGGCUGGUGGCGUACAGCAACAACAAGGCGCCACUGGAGGAGAACAAGCAGCAGGUGCUACUGGAGAUCACCGACACGUCUUCCACCAGCGAGCGCUGCGGGCUGGACCUCGUGGCUGUCCUGGACGUCAGCGGAAGCAUGGCCGGCGGGAAGCUCAACAAGUUGAAGACAGCCAUGAAGUUCGUCAUCAGUAAACUCGGCCCCAUGGACCGCCUCUCCAUCGUCUCCUUCUCCACCAAAGCCAAUAAGCAGUGCUCGCUGCGCUCCAUGACCGGGGCCUCCCAGGAAGAGCUGAAGGAUAUCGUUGAAAAACUGGAAGCUGGCGGCUACACCAACAUGAGAGACGGCCUCGAGACCGGCCUCAAGGUCCUCGCUGACCGCAGGUACAGCGGCGGCCGCGUCUCCAGCAUCGUUCUCAUGUCCGAUGGCCACGAGCAGGACGAGGAGGGUAAGGUCCCACAAGACAGAAGUGCUAGUGAUGCCACUAUCGGCGAUGUGGCGGUCUACACAUUUGGUUUUGGUGAAGACCACGACGCGAAGGUGCUAGGGAAGAUCGCGAGCAAAAGCCAAGGAGGAACGUUUCAUUACGUCAGGGACGAGGAGAGCCUUAGCGUGCGCUUCGCGGAGAUCCUGGCUGGCCUCCUCAGCGUCGUGGUCCAGGACCUCAAGCUCACCGUGCGGCAGCAAGGCCACUCCACGAUAGAGAAGGUGGACGCCGGGAGCUAUCAUCGUCCGCAGCCGCCGGAGUCGGACUACAACGCCCCCUCGGUCAACAUCAGCUUCGGCGAUCUCGGCAGCGGCGAAGUGCGCAAGGUUAUCGUCCACCUCCUCCUCCCUGCCGUCCACAGGGAGUACCGCGCGACUGCCAUCGUCGCCCAAUGCUCGUAUAGAACCCAUGGAAAAGCUUUCUACGCCCCUCGUGAUCACCUGAGAUGCUUUAUACACCGCACCGGAUCAGCCAGACGGGACGCCAAGAAUUCGAAGGUGGAGGCCGAGCUGGACCGUCUCCGUUACGUAAACAAGAUAGCGGAGGCGAGUGCAACGGAGGACCACAACAGCGUCCACGGCAAGCUGGAGGAGGCCCAGAAGGUCCUUGACGCUGGGCAGCCCAAUCCCAUGAUCGACAUCCUCAGGACCGAGCUGGAGCAGCUCCUCAAGCUGAAAUAUUGGAAGGACCUCUUCGCCAGCCUGCUGGCAUACAAGAUGUCGCACGAACGCCAGAGGGGCAGGCUCUUCGCCACGCCGCGCGCCAUGUGGCGCAUGCUCAAGUACACGGAGCAGGCCGACAAGUUUGACAAGGAUCCCAACAAGCCGCCGCCGUCGGUGGACGACGACGUCAAGGAGGAGGCAAAGAUGGUCAUGGAGAGCGCGCCUGUGGCGGAUCAGCCCCGGGAGCCGCGGACGCCGAGGAUCUGGGGGGUUUCACGAGAGCGCAGGAGCUCCGGGUGGGCGUGGGCGAUGGUGAUCCUGUGCACCGUGCUGGCCAUCGGCGUGAUCGUGGCUGGCGCGGCGGUAUUCGCCGUGUACAUCCUCUUCAAGCCCAAGAUGCCGUACCUGGUAGUCUCCGACGCGCAGCUGCGGCUGCUUCAGUACGACCAGGAGGGCACCAUCCAGUCCCUGCAGAUGUCCAUCACCAUACUGGCAGAGAACAACAAUUCCAAGGCGGACGCCUCCUUUUUCCGCGUCGACCUCGCCCUGGGGUUCCACGGCGCCGACGUGGCGCUGCUGCGGGCGGAGCCGUUCGUGGUGGCGCGGGAGAACUCCCUGCCGCUGCAGUACAACGUGGUGUCGGCGGGCCGGGCGCUGGACCCUGAUGGGAUGCAGGCUAUGGAUGAGUCGCUCAAGGCUGGCGUGGUGCCGUUCGACCUGUUCGGCAAGGCGCGCACACGGUGGAAGGUGGGCGUCUUCGUCAAGCUCCGGUUUUGGACGCGCAUCUCGUGCCGCCUCCGCUUCUUCUUCCCUGGCAACGGCACCGUCAUGCCCACCGAUCGCGACAGAUGCCGCUCCAGGUCGCCGUAGCACUCAGUGCUCCUCCUCUGCCAUCCAUCGAUGAUUCGUUCCUUCAUUGUACUUGUAUCAAACGGAACACAUAUACACUUAACCUGCCAAUAUUUCAU